CACAGCAACUGAGAUCUUUCUAAUUCAAAUUCUUUAGUAAUCAAGAGUCACUCAUGCUCAGAUCUGCACCUGUUUCUUUUACGUUGAAUAUCUGAAGACUGCUGUUUUAUUGUUUUUUCACUUGAACUCUGAGAAUCUUGUCCAGUAUUCCAAAUGGAGAGGUUGAAGUUUAAUGGAGGAGGUCAUGUCAACUCAGCCUUCGAUUCCAACCUUGGUGAGCCUCCAAUCUAUGAAGAGACCGAAUUCUCCAACGAUGAGCACCGGACAGUCAGGCCUUCGGUGAUCAGUGCUUUCGGUCACGACACCUUAGACCGAGUGCCCAACAUCAACUUCUACCGUAAUGCCGGCAGCAUGAGUGGUCACCGAGUUGUGAGGCCAUCCCUGCAGGAGCUCCAUGAUGUUUUUGAGAAGAAUGGAGCGAUCACUGUGCCCGAAACCGUGACAGACGAUGGUGAAGAGGGCGAAGGGGCCCCCGAUGAUGAUUUGGAGUCUGCUGUUCCGAUCGAUGUCAACAAAGGAGCAAUAAAGUUUGGUUGGAUUAGGGGAGUUCUGGUAAGAUGUAUGUUAAACAUCUGGGGCGUCAUGCUGUUCAUCCGUCUGUCCUGGGUUUUUGGACAGGCAGGCUGGGGUCUUGGAAUUGUGGUCAUCGGUCUCAGCUGUGUGGUCACCACCAUAACAGGCCUCUCCAUGUCUGCCAUCAGCACAAACGGAGUUGUUAGAGGAGGAGGAGCUUACUACAUGAUAUCUCGCAGUUUGGGACCAGAGUUUGGAGGCUCAAUUGGUCUCAUAUUCGCCUUUGCCAAUGCAGUGGCUGUGGCCAUGUAUGUGGUGGGCUUCGCAGAGACGACGGUAGAUUUGCUGAAGGAAUAUGCCUCUCUGAUGGUGGAUGACAUAAAUGACAUCAGGAUCAUUGGCUGCAUCACGGUGGUGUUGCUUUUAGGCAUAUCGUUGGCUGGAAUGGAAUGGGAGGCAAAGGCGCAAAUUGUUCUGCUCGUGAUCUUGCUGGUGGCCAUAGUGAAUAUGUUUGUAGGAACAGCCAUUUCUCCAACUGAAGAUAAGAAAUCAAAGGGCUUUUUUGGAUAUGAGACAAAAAUCUUUAUGGAGAAUUUUAAACCAGAUUUUAGGGAUGGAGAAACAUUUUUCUCCGUGUUUGCUGUUUUUUUCCCUGCGGCAACCGGUAUCCUGGCUGGAGCAAACAUCUCUGGAGACUUGCGGGAUGCCCAGGAUGCUAUACCCAAAGGUACCUUGUUGGCCAUCCUGAUCACUGGUGUCACCUACCUCGCCGUUGCCCUUUGUGUCGCCGGUACCGUUGUUCGAGAUGCCACAGGAAACACAACCGACCUCAUUACUCCUGGGGUGCCUUGUAAUGGCUCAGCAGUAACUGCCUGUGAAUUUGGUUAUAAUUUUUCUUCCUGCGCAACAGAACCCUGCAAGUUUGGCUUGAUGAACAACUUCCAGGUAAUGACCAUGGUGUCAGGGUUUGGUCCCCUCAUCACUGCAGGAACCUUCUCAGCCACCCUUUCAUCAGCUCUGGCCUCUCUUGUUAGUGCUCCUAAAGUCUUCCAGGCUCUGUGUAAAGAUAACAUCUACAAAGCUCUGCACUUCUUUGCCAAAGGACAUGGAAAGAACAAUGAGCCAAUCCGCGGCUACGUCCUCACGUUCAUUAUUUCUGUGGCCUUCAUUCUCAUUGGUAAUCUCAACACCAUCGCUCCAAUCAUCUCAAACUUCUUCCUGGCAUCUUAUGCUCUCAUCAAUUUCUCUUGUUUCCAUGCUUCCUAUGCCAAGUCUCCAGGAUGGAGACCAGCAUAUAAAUACUACAACAUGUGGAUGUCUCUGCUGGGAGCCCUGCUCUGCUGUGUGGUCAUGUUUGUCAUCAACUGGUGGGCUGCUCUGCUCACAUAUGGCAUUGAAAUUCUGCUCUAUAUUUACGUCACAGUAAAGAAACCGGAUGUGAACUGGGGAUCGUCCACACAGGCGGUGACCUUUGUGAGUGCUGUCAGCAACGCUUUAUCUCUAGCCAGUGUGGAAGAUCAUGUCAAGAACUUCAGGCCUCAGAUUUUGGCUCUAACUGGGCCAGCACGGGUCAGGCCAGCUCUCCUAGAUCUGGCUCACUCCAUCACCAAAAACUAUGGACUCUGUCUCAGCUGUGAGGUUUUGGUGGGUCCAAGAUCGGAAAUCCAGCAGGAGAUGAAUACUGUGAUUGAAAAAAACCAGCAGUGGCUCAAUAAGACCAAACGCAAAGUUUUUUAUGCUGCUGUGGCCUGCGACAGUUUCAGGGAAGGUGCAGAGAGUCUGCUGCAGGCUUCUGGUCUUGGCCGCAUGAAGCCUAACACCUUAAUGAUUGGCUUCAAGAGAAACUGGAGAACGGCAGAAGCAGAGGCAGUGCAAAGUUAUGUGGGAAUACUGCAUGAUGCAUUUGACUUUGAUUAUGGGACAGUGGUGCUGAGGAUCAACCAGGGACUGGAUGUGUCGCAUCUUAUUGAUGCAGAAGAGGAAAUGCUGAAGGCAGCGAAGGAGCAGCAAGCAUUGGAUAAUGAGAUGAUACCGAAUGAAGGGAGAGCAAAGGGACUCUUUAGGAAGUCCAGAAAUUCAUCUCAACAAGUGCUCACAACCAGAGUGUCAGUUUGCGGGCCCCCGCCUCCGCAGGUUGCCAAAAUGAAUGAGAGGCUGGUGGAGGCCAGUGGUCAGUUUAAGAAGAAACAGCCUAAAGGAACCAUUGAUGUAUGGUGGCUGUUUGACGAUGGAGGUCUUACACUGCUGAUUCCCUACAUACUCACGACCAGGAAGAAGUGGAAAGACUCCAAAUUAAGGAUCUUCAUUGCAGGGCAGCUGGGACGGAGUGAGAUAGACAAAGAGGAGAUGAAGUCUCUGCUACACAAAUUCAGAAUUAAAUGCAGCGACAUCACUGUCAUCGAUGACAUCCACGUUAAACCCCACAAUGACAGAUUAAAGAAACUAGAAGACAUCAUUGAGCCUUUCCGUCUACAUGAGGGGUCUAAAGGCAGGGAUCAUGCUGAAGGAAUGCAGAAGGAGUAUCCCUGGAAAAUCACAGAUGCAGAGCUCAGCAGCUUUGAAGAGAAGACCAACCUCCAGGUACGACUAAAUGAGCUCCUUCAUGAAUACUCCAAAUCAGCCAACCUGAUUGUUGUGAGCAUGCCCAUCGCUCGUAAGGGAUCCGUCUCUGACUUCCUCUACAUGGCCUGGCUGGACAUUCUGACAAAGGACCUCCCACCCACUCUGCUUAUCAGAGGCAACCACAAGAGUGUUCUUACUUUCUACUCAUGAGAACGUCAAAGGCUAAACACCAAAGAACAAUGUAGCUGGAUUGGAAGGAGCAUUACAAAGACAUUACUUUGAGCUAUGUUCAUGAGGGUACAGGAAUAUGAGUGAGACAGUUUUCCAGACCCACAUCAGUUAUAUGUUCAUGCUCUGAUACAUAUUUAAAAAAAUAAAGAAAACACGUAAUAUAAUAAACAGAAAUGAAAAAAAGGGA